UAGUAAGUGAAGUUAUAUAGGGGUGUGCGGAAGAGUUGACGCGCGUGUUCGUCCGAAGGAAGAGCUCUCGUAAGAAACGGCAUGAUGCUCAGCGGUACCGGUUCACCCUUGUACGCGUGGCGCACGUCCGUGAUCGUUUCAGGCGAACUUAGAACUAAGUGUAUCAGCAGUGACAAUGCGUUGUGAUCUUAGUUGUCGUUGUACGAAAAAGUCGAGGCCGUCGUCGUCGCCGUCGCCGCCGCCCGCGCCGUCGCCGACGUCGUCGUCGUCGUCGUCGUCGUUGCCGUCGUCGCUGCCGCCGUCGUCGCCGUCGCCGUCGUCACCGGACGCGCGUUGUCGCUUACCUCGAUAUUGGGCACCGGUAUCCCAACACGGUCCGUCGUGGGAUGGCAGCGGCCCUAAAGAAAAAUCACUCACGUAGAAGAUUGGCCGCCCUCACGUUCCUCUCCAACAUCUCCCUCGACGGCAGCCACCGGGACACCAAGUUCGCCGUCCUGUCACGCGGUGGACCGACUCACGCACGCAGGCCUAGCAGCGAUGGCCAGUCAGACCAGCAGCAGCAGCAGCAGCAGCAGCAGCAGGCGGUGCUGGAGGAGGUGUGCCGGAGCGCCGACCUCGUCGCCUCCAUGGAGGAGAUGCUAGACGGGGGCUGUCCACGGCAGGAGACGCACGAUUCCCCCCGGAACGAGACGCUAGAGCAGAACAACUCGCCGCAGCCGGUGCACAAGAGCACCGACCACAACUCCUUCAGUUCCGAUUCGGAUGGACUGCUCACUCCCGCCAAGGCAGCGGUUACCAUGUUCUUGGAGCAGGAGAGAAGUCACUUGCAGUUCUCUUGCGGCAUGCACAGUUCGUUUAGAGAACGAACGGGAACUACCGGAAGCGACUAUUCCUUACCAGAAAGACGUGUGGGCUCUCUACAAUACAAGAAGCGCAUAAGUCAUCAAACAUCUACGCUUUCGGAAGAUAUUAAGCAUCAGUACAAUAGUAGCAACGAAAGCAUUGGCUCCGUACAUUCGAAAGCACAAUCGUCAAAACCAAAGACAAAGGCAGUGAACAAUGUGCAACCUGUUUCUACAAAUAGUAGCAUAAUACCAGAAAUUACAAAAGAAUUGCGUUUGAUGCAACGGCCUGUGAAUGGCUGUAAAUUUGGGGACGAUAGAAUGGUUUUGGUGUCGAACCAACAUGUGCCAUUUGUAAUAUUUUCUGCUAUUCCAUACAAUAAAGGACAACGUUCCAGCUGGUCAGAAUUACGUAAAGAUACAUGUCGAAGGAAAAAUGUGUCAUCUCAAAGACCAUUAUCGGCAAUUAAUGAUAAUAUUGAUCCGUUUGGAUUGCUGGGUAUAGAGCAUGCUAAGGAUGGCCAAGAAAUAUCCUAUGGGCAACUACUUGUACCAUCUCGGCAAUUCCAAAGAGAUAAAAAAUUGAAUCUAAAUGAGAACGAACCUAUGGAACUUACGCAUUUUAUACCUAAUAAACAUCAUGUGGUACAAAGGACAAAAACAAUUACUUGGAAUGUGGAUCACAAAAAAUGGUGUCUUUCUUAUGAUACAGCUACAAAUCGUGCUCAUUACAUAACUUCCGAGUCUCCACCAUUGUCUUUUAGUGCUGAUUCUAAAGUUUAUGAUUGGGAUGAACAAUCUACCCAAUAUAAUCCAAAUUUAUUGGAUGAUCCAGAACUUAUUGCCGGAAAACAUAGAACGUUACUAACAUUUACAUCAUAUAUGGCAUCUGUAAUUGAUUACGUAAGGCCUUCCGAUUUAAAGAAAGAAUUAAAUGAUAAAUUCAAAGAAAAGUUUCCACAUAUUCAACUCACUCUCAGUAAACUUCGCAGCUUAAAACGAGAAAUGAGAAAAAUAGCUAAAUUAGAAUACGGUAUUGAUUUACUCACUGUCGCAAUGGCCUAUGUAUAUUUUGAGAAACUUAUUCUUCGAAAUAUCGUGACGAAGCAGACACGGAAGUUAUGUGCUGGCGCUUGUUUGCUCCUCGCAGCGAAAUUGAAUGACGUGAAGGGCGAUAUUCUUAAAUCCCUCAUCGAGAGAAUUGAGGGUGUAUUCCGAUUAAAUCGCAAGGACUUAAUUACGUCUGAGUUUGCCGUGUUGGUAGCUUUAGAAUUUGGUUUGCAUUUGCCAACAUGGGAAAUAUUUCCUCAUUAUCAGCGACUAAUUUAUGAAUCCUGACAUCCUUUCGUAUCGUUCUUUUUAUGCAAUUUCAAAGCCUCUUUGUGAGAAAAUCUCGGAACGGUAAAAGCAUAUCCGUAAUAAAUAAUCUUAUUGUCUGAAAAUCGUAUAAAUAAGUUAAAGCAUUACUGCAUGUUCGACAUACAUUUUCUUUCCGCUACUUCGACUUAACAGUUUUGACUUAUUCACUUGUGUAUGGUUUCAUGUAAAGAGCCAUAUAAUAAGUAAUUACGAUUAAGAGAUUAAUGAGAAUAUAAGUUUUUGAUUGUAAUCAUUUCUUCUUGCAAGUUACCAAUGUAGUAGUUACUGCAUGCUGUGAAUAUUUUAUUAUUUGAAUAAUUUUAAUUGUCUGUUUGGGAUAUACAUAUAUCAGUAAAUGGAUAAUGUUAAAAA